AUGCCUCCCAUUUGUGACGCUAUCUUACGGAGGCGCGCAAUCAAGCAGUACACGAAGGAAUCCGUUUCAAUAGAGGCCAUCGAAUAUUUACGCAAAGUUGCCGUCGCUAUCCCCACGGGGCAUAACACGCGACACACGGAGUUCGCGUUUGUGACUAAUCCGCGCAUAAUAAAGACGAUUUCGCAGGCCAAGGGCGAAAAAGCAGAAUAUAUGCAGCAUGCAAAGCUGCUGAUUGUCGUUAUGGGAAUACAAAAUGACGGGGUAACAAGCAUCGCGACGGACAUGUCGAUAGCCGCCGCCAUGAUCCAGCUAGCAUGCUCAGACUUUGGCCUCGCCUGUUCCUGGGAGCAAUUCUAUGGCCGCAAGAACGUUUACGGAGAAGAUUCGGAAAGGAUUGUCCUGGAUGUUUUACGGUUACUCAACUCGCCAAACAGAAGAGUACUCUGUGCUUUAGCCAUAGGGUAUCCGGCUGUGCAAAUGCCACCGGCAGACAUGCAUGAGAACGGACGAAUUUAUAUGAUAGAGUAA